UGAAAGGGACCGCGUUAACAAAUUCGUGUUAUACUCAGUGAGCUGUGCCGUGAGUUAUCAGCUGUGUGUAACACAGGAUGCCGCGUGAGAGCUAACAGAAGCCCCCUGUUGUCUGAUGUGUGAGUCAGGAUUGGGGUUGUAUGAUGAAUAGAGGGUUGUGUGCGAGGGAGGUGCGGCCUGAGAAGGGGACUGUGUGAGGGAGAGGAGAGCUGAGAGGGUAAGAGGGAGCUGAGAAUGAGGGAGAGGGGAGCUGAGAGGGAGGGAGAGAGGAGCUGAGAGGGUAAGAGGGAGCUGAGAGGGUAAGAGGUUGAUGAGAGUGAGGGAGAGAGGAGCUGAGAGGGUGAGAAGGGAGCUAUGUGAGGGAGAGAAGAGCUGCGUGGGUAAGAGGAAGCUGAGAGUGAGGGAGAGAAGUGUUUAGAGUGUGAGGAAGGGGCUGUGUGAGGGAGAGGAGGGCUAAAGGGGUAAGGGAAAGCUGAAAGUGAGGGAGAAAGGAGUUGAGAAGGGGCUGUGUGAGGGAGAGGGGGGCUGAGAGCUAAACAGCUAAGGGAGAGCUGAAAUUGAGGGAGAGGGGUGUUGAAAGUGUGAGGAGGGGGCUGUCUGAGUGAGAGCUGCCUGAGAGUGAGGGAGAGAGAUGUUGAUAGUGUGAGGAAGGGGCUAGGUGAGGGAGAGUAGUGCUAAAGGGGUAAGGGAGAGCUGAGAGUGAGGGAGAGAGGUGUUGAGAGGGUGAGGAGGGGGCUGUGUGAGGGAGAGGAGGGCUGAGAGCUAAAGGGCUAAGGGGGAGCUGAAAUUGAGGGAGAGAGGUGUUGAAAAUGUGAGGAGGGGGCUGUGUGAGUGAGAGCUGCCUGAGAGUGAGGGAGAGAGAUGUUGAUAGUGUGAGGAAGGGGCUGUGUGAGGGAGAGGUGUGCUAAAGGGGUAAGGGAGAGCUGAACGUGAGGGAGAGAGGUGUUGAGAGUUUGAGGAGGGGGCUGUGUGAGGGAGAGGAGGUUAAGGGUAAGCUGAGUGAGUGAGGGAGAGAGGUGUUGAGUGGGUAAAGAGGGGGCCGUGUGAGUGAGAAGAGGGCUAAAGGCGUAAGGGGGAGCCAAGAGUGAGGGAGAGAGGUGUUGAGAAGGUGAGGAGGGCUGCAAGGUUCAGGGGGUGCUGAGCGUGAGGGAGAGAGGUGUUGGGAAGGGACUGUGUGAGGAAGAAAAGGGCUGAGAGGAGGAGACUGUGUAAGGGAGAGGGAAAUUUUAGAGGGUGAGGAGGGUCUGGGAGUGGGGGGCCUUGUGUAUUGUAGACUGGUACUAAGAAGGUGAUGAGAGCUGUGUUCAAGUGAGGGAGAAUGAGAGGGUAAGUAGGGGGCUUAGAUGUUAAGAAGGGAGCUGUGUUAAGGAAGAAGCUUAGAGUGUAAGGAGAGACUGUUAGUGGGUGAGCUGGGUGAAUGAGGAAAAGGUGGCUGAGAGGGUGAGAAAGGCUGUGUGAGGGAGAGAGGUUCUGAGAAGGUGAGGAGGGAGCUGUUUGAGGGUAAGAAUGGGGACUGAUAGAAUGUCCCUUUAAGCAGGAAGGUUGAAGGGACGGACUGGUGAUACAGCACUGCCUGGCACAUGUGGCUAAUUAGUGAGGGAUCAGAUACCGAAACGCAAAUAAAGGAAAAGAAAGAGAGGGAAGAGCCUAAGUCCAGCAGCUGAAAGCAGAGCUCUCACUCUUGUCGCUGAAUUCAGUGUUGGAAGCUCCUCUGUACGUCACUGUCAGCACGUGCACCGCUGAAGCAACAUGUGGCGCUGUAAUUAAAUGGCUGACCUGGUAGAAGUGCUGCUCUAACUCUCGCACCUCUCCUGGCCAAAGUGUACAGCUCAUUUCACCCAGCACUGGGGCACAUUUUAUUAGCGCCACUUGUGCUCUGGAAUGGGAGAUAAUCAUAGCUUUACCAUAAUAUAAAUACAGGAAGAGCUCUGACUCUUUCCCAUCUCUCAUUUGUUGCUCCUUCCUUUCUUCUCGCAGGUGUCACAUUUCUAGCAACUGAGUCAAGAUGAACAAAUACAGGAAGCAGAUGGCAGAGCAGUUCCUGACUCAGGCCCUGGGCAUCAUCUGCCUGCUGACCGGAGAGGAAUAUGUCAUUGUGAAGAAGAGGCCCUCCCACAGUAGAAUUCACCGGCAGAGCGGAGAGGUGCCUAUAAAGUGUGAUGAUGUUGCUAUGUAUUUCUCUAUGGAAGAGUGGGAGUAUAUAGAGGGACACAAGGAGCUUUACAAGGACGUCAUGAUGGAGACUCACCCAGCACUAAGUACUAUAGAGAUCCCAGGAAAUGAGAGCUCAGAACUAACAGGUCACAGUGAUGAAAAUCUAGACACAGGAGCACAUAGAGAACUGGUACAGAAUAUUCAGCCAGGGGAGACCCCAUCGGACGUCUCUGCAGAAUUAACAGGUUACAGUGAUGAAAAUCUAGACACAGGAGCACAAGGAGAACUUGUACAGAGUAUUCAGCCAUCAGAUGUCUCUGCAGAUGACGGUAAUACUGACGUAGAUGUUAAAACAGAAGAUCUGAGUGUAAUGUGUCAGCUGGGAGCUCCAAUACAGGAAAUGUGUGACAGUGACAAUGAAGAUGACGGUAAUACUGACGUAGAUGUUAAAACAGAAGAUCUGAGUGUAACGUGUCAGCUGGAAGCUCCAAUACAGGAAAUGUGUGACAGUGACAAUGAAGAUGACGGUAAUACUGACGUAGAUGUUAAAACAGAAGAUCUGAGUGUAACGUGUCAGCUGGAAGCUCUAAUACAGGAAAUGUGUGACAGUGACAAUGAAGGUGAAAAUGAUGCUAAGAUUUCAUGUAACAUGGAACAAACAGAAGAUCAGUGGCUACGAAAUAUGCCAGAAGCUGCAGAGCAGGAAAUAUGUGACAAUAUAGUCAUAAGUACAGGGGAAUUCACAAACUGUAAUUAUCCUAGUCAUGAUCAGAGUGCAGAUGCUUCUUUACAUCUUCUUCAAAAUCAAAGAAGCCAUGUGGGAAAUGUAUGUUCUGAAUGUGGGAAAUGUUUUCUUAAGAAAUCACAUCUUCUUAAACAUCUAAAAGUUCACACAGAAGAAAAGCCAUUUUCCUGUUCUAUAUGUGGAAAAUGUUAUAACCGUAAAAAAAAUCUUGUUGCUCAUCAGAAAAUUCAUACAGGAGGAAAAGUUUUUUCAUGUUCUGACUGUGGGAAAUGUUUUACUCAGAAAUCAACUCUUAAUAACCAUCAGAAAAUUCAUACAGGAGAGAAAGGAUUUUCAUGUUCUGACUGUGGAAAAAGUUUUACUCAUAAAACAACUCUUAUUAACCAUCAGAAAAUUCAUACAGGGCUGAAAGCAUUUUCAUGUUCUGACUGUGGAAAAUGUUUUACUCUGAAACCAACUCUUAUUAGGCAUCAGAAAAUUCAUACAGGAGAGAAAGCAUUUUCAUGUUCUAAAUGUGGGAAAUGUUUUACUCAGAAAUCAACUCUUAUUAGGCAUCAGAAUACUCAUAUCAAAAGAAAUAGAGUUUAACCUCCUAAGUGCAGAGGGUAGCAUGUAGUUAUCACCCGCACAAUACCAAGGGCUGAUGAUGACUGCAUGUGACCCCCUGGGGUAAACUGUUUUGGAGCUUUUUGAAGCCCCUUCUGCACCUCAGCAAGACCGAUUUAAAUCAUGGUUUUGAUAUUUUAGAAUAAUACGUUUUCAGAUUAUUUUUUCCUGCUAUACCAGAUCAUUACUAAAUUGGUCAUAUAUCAUUAGAUAUGCAUAGAUAAAUCAUUUAAAUUAAUUAAAUUAUUUGAAGGCGAACUAUGUCAAGUUUAAUUGGUUAAUCUUCAUAUUUGGAUCAACUUUUCACCUGUACUUUAUUGGAAGGAGAAAAGUGAUUACAUUAAUAAUAACAAUAUAAAUAGUUUUAUUUAAGUAAAACAAUAACAUUAUUUUUCAUUUUUAAUGCUUGUUCCUCCCUCCUCACACUUAGGUCCUUGUGCAGAUCUAUUCCACUCCAGACAAUCUUCUAUUUAGAUUACUUAGUAUGGGUUGAUUCAGUGUACAUAGAUUUGCAGGGGAGCAAUGGCAUUCAAGGAAACUAAAGUCAAAAUUAAACUUUCAUGAUUAAGAAAGAACAUGCAAUUUUUUGCAAUUUUCCAAUCAAUUUCUCUUAUCUAAUUUGCUUUGCUCUCUUGGUAUCCACUGUUGAACAGCCUGCAUAGGUAGGCUCACUCAUAUUUAAUGCACUACUGUGAGCUAGCUGCUUGUCACUGUCUCACCCAUUGUAUUCAGAUAGGCCCCAGCAGAUCAUUGUUCUCCUUCAACAAAGGAUUCCAAAAGAAUGAAGCAAAUCUGAUAAUAGAAGUGAAUAUGAAAAUUGUAUGCUCUCUCCAGGCCCGGACUGGCAAAGUCCCGGUGGGCCGUCAAGUUAUCUGGGCCGAUCAGGUUAGCUAAGCCCCUCCCACCAGUCAGUCAAAAGCAUGGGGCCUGUCCUGAUACUUAAAGUUGCUAAGUGGCCUUAGGGCACCCCAGCAGGAGGCGAGCAAUUUAGAGCAGGGGGGCAUGUUGCAGCAGCAGCAACAUGAUAAUGUAUUUAUUUGUAGUGUACUUAAUAAUUGCACUGCCUCUGCAAAAUGGGCUAAUAGUGCGCACCGCAUAUGCCCUUCCCCCUCCAUCCUGGCUCACCGUGACCGGACAUGUAAAUGUUUGGGUUUGAGCAAGGCAAGCUGCAAUUUAUUUCAGAUCAGAGUGGCGUGCUGAGGGACAGAGUUAGAGCUGCAGAUAUAAUUGGGUAUGUAAGACACGGCCAAACCCUAAUCCAGUAUAGAUUUUCCUUCUUGCUCCCUAACGUUUAAUGCUGGGCUUGCUGGCAAACAAAUGAUGGUGUCCUGGAGUCUGGACCCCCCUCACAUUGUCUCCUGUGUUCCUGAACGGCUGCCUGUUAGUAGUAUAACUGUGUGCACGCUCCACUUGCCACACUGUUCUUGUAGUAGCUGCAGAAUUUAUUGCAGGCUGAAGCAGGAACUUGUGUGGCAAAAAAGUUUUCAGCCGAUCACUGACAGUUUCAAAUUUCCCUGCUUCUGCCAGUGACAUGGUGACAGAGUGCUAACAGAGCAUUACUGGUUUAUAACAGUGUGGCAAGUGGUGCGUGCACACUGUUAUAAAACUAACAGGCAGCUGAGCUCAGUGUUAACUGUACUGUUGCCAGAACUAGAUAACAUGUGGAGCUACCUUGGCUACCAGAGAGAACUGCAGUGCAUUCCCUUACAAAGAAUGUACUGUAGUCCUUUUUGGUAGUCAUGAGUUAAAUUGUGCUCCACACUUUAUCCUAGGCAAUGGGUGGGGUGAGAUGAGGAGGUUAUGUGGGAAGGGCUUUCUCUUCUGCCCUUAUUGAUUUACAGCCCUUAGAAACGAUGUCUAGACUCUGGAUAACUACUGUAGGUCUGUG